AAGGGGAAUUUACUCAGGCUGAUUUAUACACUAUAUAAACGUAUUUGGGUUAAACAACGUUUUAUUGACUAUAUGAGAGUUGUGCUAGUUAUGCUAGUUAUAUCAAGCCUGGACGCAGAGAAACAGGAGCAGUAGCUGGUUAACUAGGGCUACACUGGAGCAGAAGAGUUAAAGAGGAGAUAGGAGGUUGUAGUAGUUAUUAACUAUUCAGUAACGAUAUGGUAAGGUGGUGGUGGAUGCUGUGGUGAAGAGCUGGACUCUCACCUUGCUGGGUUUUCCCCUUAGCUAAAUAGCUAACCAGCUGGGUUAGCUAGCUAGCUACCCUUUAAUCAUUAGGUUUAAGGGACUAACCGCUGUUUUAGUUAGCUAGGUUAGUUAGUUAGCUAAUGUUUAAUGAUUAAAACCAGCCUGUUGGUGUUGGUGUGUGGACUAUGGUAGCAGAAAUGGCCAAUUUUGGAGCAACUAAAGAAGCUGAAGAUGGAACUGGAGAAAUUCCUCCCUCAGAUCUGAAAGGUCAUGAAAUUGAAAAUGGUAAUACAAGCUCAGACAAUACAGAAUCAUCCUCAUCAGGUGAGAGCUCAGAGGAUGAGGCUGAGGAAGAGGAGGAGGAAGAAAGAGAAUCAGAAAACGGGGAGUCAUGUGCUAAAGACUUGAGUCAGGAAUCAGAUGAGGAGCCCAAAACCACAAGCAAUGGAGACCACUUAUUGAAACACUCCUGUAAAAAAUGUGAAGGUCUUCAGAUACCCAGAGACUCUGAACUUGUUACACCCAGAAAGAUCUCCAAAGGUCGAUGGCAGCUGAUGCUAAAGUACGAGGGGGUGUAUGAGUGCUCUGAAACAGGCCUGGUGUUUGAGGUCUCUGAGAAGGUACAGAUCCGCUACUGCGUCCUUUCCUGGAGUAAGUUUGGUACAUAUCUGAACGAGUCGUGGAAGUUUGCGGGACCCAUUUUCGAUGUGGACUGUGACCCAUCCAUCCUCAAGUCCAUCCAGUUCCCUCAUUCACUCUGCCUGGCAGACCAGGACAAUGAGAUGAGAUUCAGCGUUCUUCAUGUGAAGAACAAUCGAGGUCUCAUCGAACCUUCCGUGGACCACUCGCGGAGCCAUAUAAAAUGGAGCGUGUCCUCCCUGUCUCCUGUGGGACCCAUCGUUCAGACUACUAAGCCAGCUGAACACCACGGGGUCGUCCUGGUUUAUAAAGAAGUGGGACAGACAGACUCGUACUCCUUCAGGGUUUACCUGGUUACUAAUAAUGACUCAGACAUUAAGGACAUUCAGCGGGAGGUAAAGAACUCGAAGAAGAGGUACAUGAAGAUAGAGAAGCCCCCUACAUGCCAGAAGCUGCUGGAGGAGAACAAGAAGUAUCGUCUGGUCAGCGACCCCGAGGGGGACAUCAGUCCAGAGGAUAUCCAGUUCACUCUGGCAGUGGUGAAGAUAAAAGGUUACUUUGAGGCCUUCUUUGAGCAGCGUCCUCCGUUUAAGCUCUCCCUGAUAGAGACAGAGUCUGAGCAGACUGUAUGGUCAGCUACCAUUCGAGAGGGAGACUGUGUGGACAACAGAGUUGAAAGACCUCGGAAGCGAUCAGAGAGUAGAAAACGAAGCGCCAGUACAUCGGAGGAGGAGUUGAACAGUAAGAAAGCUAGGUGGUCGAUGGACGAGUCAGAUGGUCCUGGGGUGGGCAAAGUACCAGACAUGACUGACAAGCAGCUGAUGCUUGUGGCUAAGCGUAUGGGAAAAGACUGGAAGUCAGUGGCCAUCGGGUACCUCGAUCUAACCAAGGUCGACCUGGACGAGGCUGAAUCUAAGGAGCAGGAGCUGAACAUGAUGAAGUUCGAUGUGCUGAGUCUUUGGAGGAAACGGCAGCCCCCGGGAGAGGCGGGAGUCUGGCACCUUUACAAGACACUCAAUCAUGAUGAUGUGCCUAAUGAAAUCAUCGGUUUACUUAAGGAUAUGCUGGAAAACAAUUAAUACCCCUAGAAAAUUCCUGGACUUUUUUCGGGGUGUGUGUAGCAAAAAGUGGACCGCACAGAUUGGAUCGGUCCAGGCCAGCCCACUUCAGCCCACCUUCCUGGAGCCUUAAAACUUGAAGCUUGUUCCACAAGGGCCACGCAACCACUGGUAAUGCACCCUAUUUCAGAAAUGGCCCUUUUUUAUUAAUCUAAAACAAUGACUAAAACCAUGACCACUAUGUGUGGAAGGAAAGGAAUCAGGGCCUGACCGAUAAAAAUAUUUUAUGACUGAAACUACCCAUAUAAUGUCUCAAAAAAGAAGAAGCAAACAAUCUCAUAUGGAAUUUGUCAGAUGGUGCUUUACUGACUGAGAUGGCCUUCUGUUUUCAACUGUGAACUUAAACACUGCAUAAGACUUUGUAAUGUAAAUAUUUGUAGCAUGGGAGGCGGAGCUUCUCCAUAUUUGAAUGGUUUUUUUUUGCCUAUCCUCAUUGAAAGGUUUAUUUUUGUGUUCAAAUUAUGAGAAUAUUCUAUUUCAAAAUAAUGCACUAGUUAAGAUAUAUGAUACACAGAAGUUGUGUAGAGUGCUUUGGUUUCAAAUGAUUUAUUUCAAAGGAACUUACCAACUCUGAUUUUUUACAGUGGUGAUAGUAGGAGCCAUUAAUUCCAAAAAUGAGUACAACACAAAUAUAGAGUAUAGAUAUUAUUUACUUUUCAUAAUCACUAUUAGAUAAAUUUUAGACACAGGCUGUGGCAUAUUAUCUGGUCUUUUAGACUGGCAAGCCAAUUUCAUUCAUCAUGUACAUUGAUCUGCCAUAACUUUAAAACCACCUGGAUAAUACUAUGAAGUACUGGACUAAAGGAACAAUCAGUGAAAAAGUAAGCAAGUGUGUAAAAUUGCUGCAACAGUCCAAUUAUGUAGUUCUUUAAUGUUAUGUAGUUCUUUAAUGUUGAUUAUGUUAAACAAUAUUAGACAAUUCUUUUCAGUGCAGUGCUUUUGAACUAAUAGAACAAGGCAAAAAAAGUCAUGGGACACAAUAAUAGCCCAUGUGCCACAUUUGGCAUGUUAGUUUGUUUUAUUCACCACCACUGUGAAAAAUUCUGACUUGGAUUUCUCUAAAAUGGCACAUUUCAUACCUAAACUGAAUUGCUUUUUAAGAUCUUAACAUUAAGUCUUAUAAUGCAAAAUUUACCUAUAGAACACAGAAUAUUCUGUAUUUUUCAGUAAUACAGAUACAUUAGCAAGAUCUUAAUUUUGGACACAAUUAUUAGCUAAUCCUUAACCGCAUUUCCACUGCAAGGCCGUAUUUGGGGCCACAGAACCAUUUGUUGAGAGGACGUUGGAAUCUGCUGAUUGGCUAUCUGGGCUUUGCUAACGCUGCUGGAGGCUGGUAGCUGGAAUGCAAACACUGUGGUAGCAAAGUUGGAUGAGACCAGUAGGAAUCUGGGAUGAGGCCAGUAUCCAGCAUGCUAAAACGGCAUUAGCGAUAUAGGAUGGCACUGGUAGUUAUCUUGUUAACGAUGUGGUACUGAUGUUGGACGAUGCCUAAAGGCGAGAUUCAAACACUGUAAGAGCAAUGUGGGAGGAGACCUGUAACUAGCAUGCUAACACUGCGAUAGCUAGUAGUAUGAGGCUUUUAGCUAUCUUGCUAACACUUUGGUAGUUAUUUUGGCCAACACCUAAAGCCAUCAUGCUAACACGGCAAUAGAAAUAUAGCUUGAAGCUGGUAGACAUCAUGUUAGUGCUGCAGUAUAAUUGUUGGACAAGGCCUGUAGCUGGCAUGAAAGCUCUGUUUUGCAAGUUAGCAUGCUAUCAGGGUAGAAAUGUGAGACCAGACAAAUCCAACAAGAGCAAUGUCUCAUGAUUUUUACACAAAUCGGUCUUAGUAACCAUUUGGCCUGCAGUGGAAAAUCGGCCGUUAUGUUGGUCAGGCCCUAUUUCUAAUAUAAAAAUUAUAAAGCCAGUUGCAGUUAUCCUUAAAUGAGACAGUGGUAAAAGCCUACUUCAAUAUGGUGCUGCAAACCAGGCCAUUGAAGCUACUUGACUGUAUAGUUUCUUUCUGUACAUUGUAUUUUUUCUUGUACUUUUUUAUUCUGUUGCUUUUUUUCUACGAUCAUGAUGAGUAUGUGUUUUCUCAGUGUACGUUCUUGUAUUUUUUUAUUUUUUUUGCAUAAGUGAAUUAGUGAAACUCUUGUUUUGACUCAGAGAAAAGCCUAAUCAUGGUUAUUUGUGAAUCUUGUGAGACAUUUCCUGCUGGUGAUGAAACUUUAAACCAAAAAAGCAGUCCAACUCAAGAAAGACUUAAAGACCAAUCAUCUCAAGGACCAAAGUUUUUUUUUUUAACCACAGGUGUUUCCAGCAGUGGCAGCAGUACAGCACUGGUAGCAUGACAUGUAAAAAAAGGAGUACAUUUUCUAUGUAAAGCUGUAAACACUCUCGAAAUUGCUGUGUUAAUUAACAACAUACUUUUACAGGCCCACAAGAAUGAGUUUGUCUCUUAUUUUUACUCCUUAUUUCUUUGUCUCAAAAGUAUAGAAAACCCAUAUAAAAAAAUGUUUGGCAAAUGUGGAUUAAAUUUUAGACACAGGCUGUGGCAUAUUAUCUGGUCUUUUAGACUGGCAAGCCAAUUUCAUUCAUCAUGUACAUUGAUCUGCCAUAACUUUAAAACCACCUGGAUAAUACUAUGAAGUACUGGACUAAAGGAACAAUCAGUGAAAAAGUAAGCAAGUGUGUAAAAUUGCUGCAACAGUCCAAUUUCCAAUCACUGAAUAGAGUUUCCUGCCCCACCUUCUUAUUCUUAAAUGCGAGGCUCACGCAGGUUGCCAGAUUGACACACAGUGGCAAGCGACGGCGAGUAUUACUCUGCAGCUAAUUAGUGAAUAUUUAUAUAUAUAUAUAUAAGUUUCAACGUCCAAAAUUCCAGUCUCUAGUACGCUAGUAGUGAUAUAGUGGUACAUUUCCCAGCUAUAUUUAGUAACCUUAUUGAAGCACAGUGAUUACCUGUUCAGAAUAAAAAUAGCCUGUAGUACACUGAAUGUGGAAAUGGAACUAGGGGAAUGGCAACGGCAGAUUCGGGGGAUAAAACCCACACAGCUUUCUGUGAUGUACUGCCCUGUUUUAAAAGAACUGUCUCAAGCUCUGCUGUCACGAGCUGCUAGUAAUGUUUCCUUAAUGUCUGAGGAUACAUCCCUAUAAAUCAACAAUUAAUUGGAACUCAAAUAAAUUAAGGCUGUUUUACGUAAAAUUGGAUAUUUCCAAACAAUACUCAACUGUUUUGAGGCAGGUGAACAAGAACCUUAACAGUGUUAACAGCAGAUCUUUUAAGGCGUGUGUGUUUGUCAGGUGUUGCUAGUACGUGGGUUGCCUUUAUUUUAAAUCUAUUUAACUCAAAUAAAUACAUCGAAUGGACCCUUAUUCAAUUUAAAAUUGAACUUUCAUCACAUUGCAUUUCCUAGACUGACUGUGGAAUGAUAACUGAGACUUGAUGCAAUACCUGUGCUAGUACAGAAUGUGUUGUCUUUAUUGGGCACUAUGCACUAUGUGUUGUUUUUUAACACACCAGUUUUGAGAGUGAAGAAACCUGUGUGCUGCCUUUAAAAGCGGGUGUAUAUACUUUGUAUGUACUUAUGUUUACUUACUUACUUUUGUGUUUUCUUAUUUUUUUAUUAAUGUAAAAUAGAGAGAGUUUGUUAUUGAUUAAGUCCGAGCCAGAGAGAAAUCAAUGGAGUGUGUUUUCCUAGCAUUAAAGGGAGUGUAUCCGUAGAGAUAGAGUUUAUAGACUAGUCUCAGGUUUUUUUCAGGACUGUGUCAGAACAGCAAUUUCUUAGAACAUCUGAUUUUGCAUCUGUUCUCUUUCAGGUUGUAGUUAUAUCAUUUUCUGUACUAUACUCACAGCAACUGGUAAUAGUUACUAUCAUUACUGGAUUACACCAUAAUGAAAGGGCAUUUCUGUAUUGCAUUAUUGUUAGUGAUAAAAGGGAUCCAUUAACAAAAGUAGAAUAGACUGUUACUAACAGGGUAACAGGGACAAUAUGAGAUUUUUUUACUGUUUUUGAAUUAAGGGUUUGCUGUAGUAUAUAAGUACUGUAAACAUUGCCAGUCAUUCCUCUCUCUCCUUCUCAUUCUCUCUCUUUCUCUAUCUCUCUCUAUGUAUGUGAAAUUCAUGAGCCACAGCAUUACAACAACCUGCCAAGCUGUUGUUUUGCAUAAUUCUAUACUUUAUUUAUUAUAAUUCUUUACUUAUUCUUUAAGUAACUCUACAACUAUGAGCUCAAAAAAGACCUAGAUGUGCAACAUUCACUUGAUCUGGGUGUGCUCAUAAUGUUUUGGGUUAUCUGUUAUCUGUACCAUAUUAAGCUUCCACUUUAUUUCUCUUAAGCUAGAUUAGUAGACUACUUUUCCAAACUGUCAUUUCACUGUACUGUAUCAAUCUGCAUGCAGACAUCUAGUCUAUAGUUAGAUGGCAUAAAAUGCCCAACUUUACGACACAGACUUCUUUUUGUAACCAAUCAGAAAAGAGUUAAUGUUCAUGUGCUUGUUUACUUUUAUGGGAUAAGAGUUUUGGAAAAUUGUCAUCGUAAGAGCUAUUUGAAUUGGAUUACUUCUACAUGGCAGGGUGGAGUACUGAAACUAUACUGCAGGGCAUCUGUAAAAUGUAUCGCUAAGGGCACGAAAUCUUAGCAUAAGUGGCUGAAAUGGGAGUGGCUACUUGAUUUACACACUGCCAUCACAGGUAAAAGUCCGCAAACAUGAGGACAGAACUAAAAUCACUGGGAAACUCUCACUGUAAACCCUGUAUAAAGCUUAUCCAGUUCAAAUAGAGCUUUAGUAAGAAAUAUGACCUACACUCUUUUCAUAAUCAUGGAGAUAUUGCAUAUGGACCCUUUAUAAGUUAAUAAUGUGUAAUCUAUUCAGCUCAAAACAUGUCAAAAACUGUGUACCAGCUGUUUUACCAUGCAGUCUGCACUGAGCAUGUGAUCAUCUUCUUUAAGUCAGUUCCAGUCAGUCAUACACAUUGCAGAAAAGCUCAGGUGCAGUCUUUUUUUUUGGUAUGUUUAUCAACGAAGACACUCCUGUGACUGAAUAAACCCAUUACCAAAUAUAAAGAUUCACGAGUGA